GUACCUGAUAGAUACAAUAUGUCUGGACGUGGUAAGGGAGGAAAAGGACUCGGAAAGGGAGGCGCCAAGCGUCACCGAAAGGUUCUGCGUGAUAACAUCCAGGGUAUCACGAAGCCCGCAAUCCGCCGUCUCGCUCGUCGUGGUGGUGUGAAACGCAUCUCUGGCCUCAUCUACGAGGAGACCCGAGGUGUCCUCAAGGUGUUCCUUGAGAACGUCAUCCGCGAUGCCGUGACAUACACUGAGCACGCCAAGAGGAAGACCGUCACUGCCAUGGACGUCGUCUAUGCCCUCAAGAGACAAGGCAGGACUCUUCACCAUCGCUCAGGGUGGUCAACGAUGGCAAGAACAAAGCAGACCGCUCGUAAAUCUACCGGUGGAAAGGCUCCACGCAAACAGCUGGCUACCAAGGCCGCUCGCAAGAGCGCACCAGCAACCGGCGGUGUCAAGAAGCCUCACAGAUACAGGCCAGGAACCGUCGCCCUUCGUGAAAUCAGAAGGUACCAGAAGAGCACCGAGCUCCUCAUCAGGAAACUGCCAUUCCAGCGCCUGGUUCGUGAAAUCGCUCAGGACUUCAAGACUGACCUCCGAUUCCAGAGCUCCGCUGUCAUGGCUCUCCAAGAGGCCAGCGAGGCUUACCUGGUCGGCCUUUUCGAGGACACCAACUUCAUUCUACAGCUAGUACCUGAUAGAUACAAUAUGUCUGGACGUGGUAAGGGAGGAAAAGGACUCGGAAAGGGAGGCGCCAAGCGUCACCGAAAGGUUCUGCGUGAUAACAUCCAGGGUAUCACGAAGCCCGCAAUCCGCCGUCUCGCUCGUCGUGGUGGUGUGAAACGCAUCUCUGGCCUCAUCUACGAGGAGACCCGAGGUGUCCUCAAGGUGUUCCUUGAGAACGUCAUCCGCGAUGCCGUGACAUACACUGAGCACGCCAAGAGGAAGACCGUCACUGCCAUGGACGUCGUCUAUGCCCUCAAGAGACAAGGCAGGACUCUGUACGGAUUCGGCGGUUAAUCGAA